AAACGGUACAAUGUUGACACUUGCCGUUUCACAACAAGAGCUUGAGCUUCGCACGUAAAUGCCAGUUUUGUGAAGUUGGUAUAUCAUUUAUGACUGUAUUCGGACUGUAUGCGUAGGCUACUCUUAAACAUGGGAUUGUAGGUAUUGUCAGGUCACUGAAUUCACACCAUGGUUUCGCUGUCAUGGCUGGAGCGUCUCAGCAGCGCUGUAUUCUUGCUAGUGUUCUUGCUAGUGUUUUAUUUAGUUAAGGUUAAUCAGAAACGACGAGACCUGGCAAAUAUCCCGCCAGGUCCGAAGCGGUGGCCCUUAGUCGGUAACUUCGGCGGCUUUCUCAUCCCUUCUUUUAUCCGGAGGUGGUUUGGACAGCAAUCAGACAAAAACGCCAUGGUUGAUUUAACGGAAAAAGCCAACGUGUAUGGGAACGUGUACAGCCUUUUUGUAGGGGAACAGUUGAUAGUUAUGCUGAAUGGCUAUGAAGUGGUCAAGGAUGCGCUCUCAAACCAUCCCGAGGUGUUCUCCGACAGACCAGAUAUCCCUGCUAUCACUAUCAUGACGAAACGCAAAGGAAUAGUCUUUGCACCUUAUGGGCCAGUGUGGAGAAAGCAGCGCAAAUUCUGCCACGCCACACUCCGAAACUUUGGCCUGGGGACGUUGAGCUUGGAGCCUUGCAUCCUUCGAGGCCUGGCUACUGUCAAGACAGAGCUGAUGCGACUGAAUGAGGGGCCGGGUGGCGCUGGUGUGGACCUGGCCCAGCUGAUCAAAAACGCUGUGUCAAAUGUCAUCUGCUCGAUGAUCCUGGGACAGAGCUUCCAUCACGAAGACCGCCAGUUCCGUAAUAUACUGGACCUGAUGGAUCGCGGGCUGGAGAUCUGUGUGUCCAGCCCUGCAGUCUUAAUCAAUAUCAUCCCACAGCUGUACUACUUUCCUUUUGGGGUCUUCAGGGAGUUGCGUCAGGUGGAGCGAGACAUCACAGUGUUUCUGAAGAGGGUUAUCGCAAAUCACCGGGAAACAUUCCAUCCUGACCACCCGAGGGAUCUUAUCGACAUGUAUUUGAAGGAGAUGUCGGUCCAGGAGGACAGCAGUUUCACAGAAGAUUAUCUCUUUUAUAUAAUAGGAGAUCUCUUCAUCGCUGGCACUGACACCACCGCUAAUUCUGUUUUGUGGAUUCUGCUCUACAUGGUCUUAUACCCUGAUAUCCAAGACAGGGUCCAGGCAGAGAUUGAUGAAGUGGUGGGUACACAUCGGGACCCGUCUAUGACAGAUAAGGGAAGUUUGCCUUUCACUGAAGCCACCAUCAUGGAGGUGCAGAGACUGACUGUUGUGGUUCCUCUGGCUAUUCCUCACAUGACCUCCAAGACAAUAGAGUUCAGAGGCUACACUAUUCCCAAAGGAACCGUUAUUGUGCCCAACCUGUGGUCUGUCCACAGAGAUCCCACUCUGUGGGACGGCCCAGACAGUUUCAACCCAGGACGCUUCUUGGACGAGGAGGGAAAGUUGAUCCGAAUAGAAGGCUUUAUACCAUUCGGGAUUGGUCGCAGGGUGUGCAUGGGGGAACAGCUGGCGAAGAUGGAGCUGUUCCUGACGGUUACCAGCUUACUGCAGGCCUUCAGAUUCAGACUGCCAGAGGGAACGCCUCCUCCCACCCUGGACGGACGAUUUGGCCUGACGCAUGCACCCUUUCCAUACACUGUGUGUGUGCACCCUCGUAUAUAAAGUGGAAUAUUUGGUUCUCACACAUCUUCUGUAAAUCAAGGAGCUUUACCAACCAACCAAGCUGUGAGUAAAGGUCUCCUGGAGAGUGAAUGUAAUCAGUGCAAAAUAGAAAAAGUAUGUUUUGAUUGGGAUGUAGCUCUUUUGCUAAUGCACUUAUGACUGCACAUUAUGUCAUUAUCAAUUAAUUUAAUGAUUAUUUAAGCAAUAAUUUAGUCCAUAACAUUUCAGAAGCAAUGAAAAAUACCCAUCAGAAGUGACCAUAAUCCAAAGUGAUCAUUUACAGUAUGCAACGCAUUUACAAUUAUGUGAUUCAGAACAGCUGCAGUGAACCCUCUAAUUUUCAAAAGCCGGAACUGGCUAAUUUUUUUGUAUCUUUACUUGAUAGUAAAGUAAUAAUUAAGGUAUAUAAUCAAAAUUCUGUUGAUUAUGUUGGUCAAUCAGCCUCUUCAGUAUCAGGUCAGUAUUAUAUGCCAGAUGCCUUUGAUUUUGUAAGAUAACUGUUCAAUAACUGUAUUGAUAUUUUAUCAUAGUACUGAUUUAUAAUGCAUACCACUGAUUUAUAGAACUGUCCCUAUAAUGUUUUUUAUUAGGGCAAUAGGGAAAGAAAGAUUUUAAUUCAAAGACUUGAGAUAUAUAUUUUCUUUACAGACUAACUGGAUUAAUGGAUUACUGGCCAUGUGUCAAUAAAAAGAGAUUAUCCUAAAAAUAAU